AUGCCGACUGUAGGCGUUGGAAGAGACCUUCUCUUCCAAGCUUUGGGAAAGUCUUACAGUAAAUUUCUGUAAAACCGAAAAAGCAAUGCAGUACCUGUUUGAUUGUUCUAUCUUUGAGGUUCUUUUUCCCUUUUCUCUUCCCCCCAGAGAAUUUAUCCGCUUUUGAUCUUCAUUGCAGCUCAAGAAGAGUUUGAUGAACUAUGUUUUGAGUAUGGUAUUGAGCUUGACGACGUGGUGAGCUAGUUGAACUUUUCCAUCAUGUAUUGUAUUCCAUUUUAUAUUUCAACCUGUGUCUAUUCUUUGUUCUACAAUGAUUUUUUUCUCAACGUGCAUGGACAGACUACAGAGAAAGCAAUAAUUAGGAAAGAGAAACACCUGGAAGAGGAUGCAGAACCUGAUGGUGAUGACGAAGAGGUCAUCUACAAAAUUGAAGUGCCAGCGAACCGGUCUGUAAAUGUUUCUGCCACAGUAGCAUUCUAUUACCCUCUUAGCUUCAGCACCGUUACCAUUAUUGAGUGUUAUUCCAUCUCUCUCGGGUUAUGAUUUGGUCCAGGGUGCCAGUUUUUCCAAUUAUUUGUGCAUUUAACUGUCAACGUGGUUCCCGAUGACCUAAUAUUUCGCUUCAUGGUCUGAACUCCAAACAAUCACUGAUAAACUAUCUUCUCUCACCACGAUUAUUAUCAAAUAAACAACGGGAUGAUAUAUCAAAGAUGAAGAAGGAAAAACAAAAUGAAAAGGCCAAAUAAGUUACGCCAUGUGGCUACAUACUUUCGUUAUUUUUAAUUACAACUGGGCAGUUGAGAGAAUAGCAGUAUGGCUGCCCCUUUGAAUGUGAUUUUAGUCCUUGUUUACCGAUGAAUAAGUUUCAAACAAAAAGUAAAACGGCAGGGUGCUUUAGACAUUAGUCUGCAUAUGACUUGCUAAUGCAUCAAUUGUCUUGUAUGAUGGUUGGGAGAAAUAAAAUCAGAAUGAUGUAGUGCAAAUUAUUUGAAUAAAUAGUCUACUUCCUCCGCUCCUGUGUCUGACAUGAGGGAAUGGGAAAAAUGCGGUGGGUGGCAUCGUGAUGAAAAGUUGAAUAAAUGUCUUGUUUGCUUGGCUCCCUGGCUUUUGAGAUUCCCUUCUUUCUAUUGAGGGAGUCUGUUUCAAAGUAGCCAUUUCUUCUCGUUAAAUUUUUUUAGCUUCACAGUUUUUCCUUUUAUAUUAUUUUAGUGACACGGAUAUUCGUAUUCAGGUCUGAUUUGCUUUGCCUUGAAGGAAUUGCACGAUCUCUCCGCAUUUUUACAGGAGCAGAAGAGACGCCUAAAUAUAAGCUUUCUGAUAUCUCAUCUAAAUCUAUAGUUACUAUGCACGUUAAACCAGAGGUAGUUAUGGUGUCAUUGAUCCCUAUUUGUUCUUAUAUUUCACUGUUACGGGCUUCGCUGUUUAAAAGGAGAUAUCUUCAUAUUACAGACUGAAUUGAUUCGACCAUAUGUUGUCUGUGCGGUGUUGAGAGGAGUGAAGUUUGAUCUAGCAAGAUAUAACAGCUUCAUCGAUCUUCAGGACAAGCUUCAUGAGAAUAUCUGCCGGUUGAGUAUUUAUUUUAUUUUAUUUUUUUAAUCCUUGAGAUAUAUUUCAUCACUAAUUAUGUUUACAUCAUGCAUAGGUACUUUUUUCGGGUAAGAUCUUAAUUUCUCAUUUUUUAAACUCAUUUUUUAGGAAGAGAACGCUCGUUGCCAUUGGGACUCAUGAUCUGGACACAAUAGAGGGACCAUUCACAUACGAGGUUGUUCCUUGUCUCUCGUAACAGACUCGGUUUUGCCAUUAUCAUUUUAUUUUCACCCAAGUUGUUUUAACGAGCCAUCAUGAGAAGAAUGUAAGUAGAUCGCCUUAAACAAGCAAAAUGACAGAAGGAGUUACCUUUUAAGAGCUAAAUAUAAAACCUUAAAAUCAUUAUUUAUUCAUGCAAUCCUCGAUUCCAAAUUAUACUUACCUUAGCCAAUUAGCUUCUCAGGUUGUUUGAAAGCAGUAUCUUUCUAACCAUGGUUGAUUAAGUUUAGCCGAAGUAGAAUCUAGAUUUCGUUCAUGUUCUGGGCUGUGUUAAGCUUUCAUAUUGUCUCAGUAAAGUCUAAUUUUAUGUUUGGGCUUCGGAAUUUUAUGCCUAAUCCUCCAUUACCAAAUGUUUUUUUACAGUUAUGCCGAAAUAUACAGUUGCAUCCGGAGGUCAAACUAGUUGGACAAAAAAUUAAGAUCUCUGUAGAUCAUGAUUAAUGAACAUGUAUGAGCGGCACUCAGGGAGCGAGCACCUUCUGGAAAAUGACACGGGAAUUCUUAUAUUUGUGAUAAAUCUGAAGUGGUACAAAUAGGUUAAAUGCUCUGAUAAAAUAAUAAAAAGAAUGGGAUAAAAUUGAGAUGGUGAAGCUGGAUAUUUUGGUGUGAGCUAUAUCCACAAACCUGUGAAACAAAAUAUCCAUUUCAUAGCUUCCCCACGUUACUUGUUUAGAUUAGCAAUAAGCCUUUAUAUUACUUUGACUGGAUGCGCUGAGUUGGGUCACAGCAAACCUUACCAUAGUUUUAGACUAUCAACAACAGACGCACAAGGGACUCUAGAUAUGCACUCAUAAUUUUUCAUCUUGGGUGAUCGUGCGGUCAAAAUGGCCUGCUAAAGGUUUAUUGAGAGGAAUUGAAUUGAAUUCUAAAUCUACUCAACUCCUUACCAAUGUGUCCAUAUUGUGACUACUUUAGUGUGCCAUAACUUGUGUCUCAAAAAUCAUUGCCUCAAGAAUUUGCUCUGUAGCUCCCCAGUUCUUCAUUAUAAAUUCAUUUUAUACCCUCUUUUAAUUUAAUUAACUCGUAAAUGUUGUAUCAUGCGAUAAGCAUAUCAGAUGAUACAUCAGCAAAGUGUUAUAGCUACAGACGCUACAAAUGUUCUCAUUGAGAAAUCUAAGAUAACUUGCUGCAGCAACCUAGCAGGGAGAAAGUUUUGGUGUUAGAGACUUAUUCCUGUAUCAUGAUCAUGAGAUCCUUUAAGCACUCGUCUAUUUCCUUUUUAACUGUAAUUGAUGGGAUUGGCAUCCAAGGGAACUGGUUGACCUCCUUUCCAAGCCUUGUGGGUCACAUGCUGUCCACAUGGCAGUGACCCAUCAGGAAAUUUGGAAGAGGACUAGGUUAGUCUUCUGUAUACCCCAUAAGUAGAGAUGUUUUUUGUUUCAAUGCACUAUCUAGUGCUCUAUCUCCCUCUUCUUCCCUCCAUUUUGUCGUUUGUUUAAGGGCCGAGUGUUACAUCAAGUGUUGUGAUGAUAUCUUCAAAUAGUAGCAAGUCAAUUACGGCUUGCAAUACAUCAUUCAUGAGCUUUCGUGAUCUCGUUGCUGUUCCUAGAAGUGAAAAUGGAUCACUCCAAAUGAUUCAAACAAAGCUAAAUAAGGUCAAUCAUAUGGUAUGUUCUGUGGCUACUUGUCAUUCUAUCUCUGGUUGUGUUAGAUUAGACUAUAUCAACGGGAGGCUCCAACUCUUUAGCUAGAAGUCUUGAAAUUAUGAAGAUUGGCUUCUUGAGAACAGUGUUGUGAUUUUAUGGUUGAUAACUCAGUUAGCGUUUUGAUUUAACCCAUAAUUCUGUGGAAGAUUACAACAUAUAGGGUGUGAAUUAUUAUAGCGAAAAUGUUUCGGCAGAAGCAAGAUAUUUGUUGUAUAUAUUAACUCACGACUGAAAUACACUCUAUGUGACAAGGAAAUAUGUUCGUCAUGGGUACCUUGGUGCUCUGCAUAACAAGUAGGAGAAUCUUCCAUUGAGGAUUGGAAUCCAUUUAAGAAUUGGAGAAGUGUUACAAAAAAUGAUUGACAGAAGAGGAUUUUUGCAUUCUUCACACAGAUGAACCCAAAAUAUGAGCGUUUAGGAGUCGAAUUCUCAAUUCUGAUCCUCUACCAACUUUAUAGCUGGUGUAUUUCAAGAUCUGGAGUGAGUACCGAGGAAAGUCAUGAACGAACACCAAACUCGUAUAAGUAUUGGAGAAAAUGGUUGUUCAACAUUUAUGAAGAAAAUUAAAAAUGGAGAAAUAUGGGAAAUAAUCAAUGUAAGGAAAAGAAGAAGGAUGUCAGGUUAUGCAUUCACUAUGGCAAGAAGAAUCCUGACAAGAAGUUUGUGAGGUUCAGAAGGAGAGAAGUAGCUUUAGAGAACAUAACCACAGCUAGUCAUCUAACUAUUAUUUCUGCUUGUUCGUUUUUCUAAGAGUAGAACCUAAUUAGCAAUUUUAUGACAUCUCAUCAUUAGACAUUGCUGCAUUUCUAAGAAUUCUUUCACAAUUUAGUAGGACCACCUUAAAAAUGUACUGAAAAGGUUGCCUCAGUACUGCUAAUUCAAUUGCUAACUCUUGGCCUAUUGUCUUAGAACCAACUGACCGUAUGACAGGUUUCUUUACCUUGUCUUCUUAAUAUUUUCUUGGUUCUAUUGUCUUUGAAGCAACUGACCGUAUGACAGGUAUCUUUACCUUGUCUUCUUAAUAUUUUCUUGGCCCUAGACAGGAUAAGGUGAUCAAUUUAGAUGGUACAAUGGUCACUAUUGCUGACUAAAUGGCCAAAUACCUCCAAAUAUUUCAAUAAAGUAGGAAAUGGGCUUAGGAGCAGGGAAAUAGACUCCUUUUUCCGUUCCUUUUUCUUGAAAAUCCCUCAGCUCCUUUUAGUGUUUUUAAAAUAUGAUAUAUGAUUGUUUCCUGGACUAGUUCUGUGUGAAUUAUGGAGAAAUUUGUAUAAGUGAAGCUGGGAAUUGUAUAGGUUAAAUUGACCUACUUUUGGCCAGGCCCUAUAGCUUGCGAUACAACCAUACAAUUAUCUAAUCACUUUUCCAAGUUUUUAGACUAGAAUUUGCUAAACUUCUACUUUGUGCUGAAAUUAUAUGUAAUGGCUCAAUUGACAAUUUAUUUACUAUUUUGAACUUUAUGUUCUUUCUUCUGCUAUUGUUUGUAGUUUCGAUUAGUUUCCUGUCAACAAGAGGAGGAAUUUGUUAUUUUGCUGUUGUUUUUGCCCUUUGAUUAUCAAAACAUCGCAGUUGCCACCCUCUCUACAUUAUUUUAAAAUGCAGCUGAUUUUUGUGAGUAUUUCAGCAGUAAACCGGAUUUAUGAUGUGACAUUCUUAAUUAUUAUUUUGCAGGCACUACAACCAUCACAAAUCAAUUUUGUGCCCUUAAAAGAGGUAAAUAGUCAGCGUUUUCAUUCGUUCUCUAGAGUUUAGGAAGUUGGAUUUCGAGUUUCGAUGUUUUUUUGAAAAAGAGAUCUGUAUGAAUUCAGAAGAGGGAAAAAAACGAUACCCUUUGCCUCUGUUAGAGCGGUGAACUCAAUGAUAUUCAAACAAUCUUUUCCUUUUUUAUCUGAGCAAUGAUUCUAAAUCCAAGAAAAAAGAAUUUAUGUUGUGAACAUGCUCUAGAAUAAGACCAAGGUUGCAGAUACACUAAAUAGUCCUUUAUACAAAGUUCUUUCAUGAAGAAAUAUUAACCUUGUGUGAAUUUAAUAUGAAGUAUCAAUGUCCACACUAGGCAGUUUUCAGUCUUCACAAACUAUUUUUCUAUUCCCUUUUCAGUCAAAAAGCUUCAGAGCUGACGAACUGAUGCAACACUACAAAGUAAGUCCAGUAAAGUGGUUGUGUAUAUUUCUGCUUUUGAAUCCUUGGUUUAUAUAAAUAGUUCGUUUAUUAUCCUCCUUUGUCACUCUCUGGCGAAAUUUGUCUUUGCUCAUAAGAUAAUUUUUUGCAUUUUUAAUUUGUUCCUUGUAGUCAGAUAAGAAACUGAAGAAGUUCUUGAAUAUAAUUGAAGAUUCGCCAGUUUACCCUGUCAUUUAUGAUAUAAACAGGUAACAUGUCCGUUUCAUGUGAUUCUUUCCAGGACUAUUUUAAUGCAAGAUGUUUCAUUUUAUGGUUUUGGAGUUUCUUUUAAGAUAUAAUAUUUUCGCAACGGUCUCAUGCUUAUCUUCCUCUAUUUUGAAGGUACUGUUCUGCACAUCCAAUUUGUUAUCGUGUAAUUAUUAAUAUGCAUAAUAAAUUUAAAUAUGGAGGGCAUUAACCGUAAUAUGUUUUCUAAUAAAUGCGCAAAAUAGUAAUAUUCUUUCAUUCUUUUCCAUAUUUAGAGGAAUCAUCAACUGCUACUAGUAAGAUCAACGGAUUAAGAUUUUUGGUUUUAUGAAAUUUCUGGUUUGACGGGUCUCCUGUUUGCUUGUUAGAAUGAUUGAUGCCUUUAUUUAUUAGAAUUUCACUGCUUCUCUUUGCAAAUAAUUUCAACACAAUUUUAUGCUUUUUUUUAGUGAAGAAAAAUAAUUUCUCAAUUUGAUUUAUAUUUUGACACCCUUUUGCUGCUUUAAGUUGUUUGGAUUUUUACGAGUUGCCAUCUCUGGGAAAAUGUUUUAAUUGAUUUACUGACAACUCAAUUGAAAAUGGGAGUGGGGUGUUUCAGGCUGGUGUUCAUAUAUGUUAUGGUGACUGUGUUUUACCUGCAGAACUGUUCUUUCACUCCCUCCAAUCAUUAAUGGUGCACAUUCUGCAAUCACUCUCAAGACGAAGAAUGUCUUCAUUGAGUGCACUGCCACUGAUAUAACAAAGGCAAAGAUUGUUCUGAAUACAAUGGUAGGUUGUAUGGCUUAAUCACCACAUGAUACCAAAUAAUGUCAUUAUCUUUGCACAAACUUUGUAUAGUUGACUCCUUUUAUAUUCCAUAUAGGUGACUAUGUUUUCUGAGUACUGUGAAAGAAAAUUCGAAGUUGAACCGGUUAAAGUGGUGUAUGCCAAUGGUUCAUCGCAAAUUUAUCCCGAUCUCUCGGACUACACAUUGGAAGUACCACUGUCAUACAUUACCAGUCAAGUUGGCAUCAAGAUGGAGGCAAAUGAAGUAUGGUUUUCUCUUUAAAAUUUUAGAAAUUUUCUGACGAUAAGAUGCAUAAAUGACAAGACUUUCAUCGUGGCUUUUUCUGAUGGCCUGAUUUUAACUGAAUCUAUAUUUUAAACAAAUAUUUAUAAUUGCAAGAAGCUAAUCCUAAAUUUUGGUUACGUUAUAAUUACAGUUUGACAGAUGAUUGAAUCUGUACUCAACCAUUCCUGUCCUCGAGUUCUAACUUCUGAGUGAAAACAUUGGUUUUGAAUGAUGUGCUAUGGUAUAACUCAUUUAAAAGGAUGGGAAAUUCUGACUUGACUUAAUGACGUGUAACUUUAUUGGAGUCAUGCAAAUUUGCAUUAUUUGCUUUCAAAUGUACGGUAUCUUGGAUGCUUCUAGAUAUUUCGUGUCCAAAGAUAUAGAAGAAGUUGAAUCUACUUUUGACUCAUUGAGAUAGUGUAGAUGGACAUCUCUCAACUCUAUACAUUUAAAGUUGGUUCACGUUUGUUGUCGCUUGGAUGGUCCAUACGGUUGAGCUGAGUUGCAUUGGAUCAAUAAGACUGAUGCAACUUGGUUUCAAUUGAUCCAGCCAAUAUAAGUUGCUGUGCGUUUGUCCACUUAUACUUGAUUAGUUGUUGACUGCUAAUAUAUAUAUAUAUUGUGUUUCUUCAGGUUAUUUCUUUUCUGAAGAAAAUGCAAUUGAAUGUGAAACAGUCAAAUUCGGGUGAUGAAAAUAGUAUUACUGUUUCUGUCCCUCCAACUCGAAGUGACAUUCUUCAUGCUUGUGAUGUGAUGGAGGUAUUGAUCAUGUUGUGUUAAUUCCCUUUUUUUUUCUAUGCUGUCUUAUCCUUAUAUUAAAGAAUUUUUCUUUAUAAUUUUCAAGGAUCUCUCUAUUGCGUAUGGAUUUAACAAAAUCCCAGAAACAAUUCCUGCGACCAGAACAGAGGGGAAAAGGCAACCCUUGAACCUUUUUUCUGAUCUUAUUAGAUUGCAGGUACUUUCAUUGUUGUCCAAGUAUCACUCUGGUUCCGGUUUCUCAUUGUGUAGCUAAGAGAACAUCUCCUAUCAGAAAAUUAUUGGCUAAAUAGGUUGCCUUUUCGUUUUUAGUUUAUCUAACAUUCCUUGUGCAGGUUAACGACGGGAAUCCCAAAUUCUAUUUAUUUUACCUACAUUUUACUGGAGGAGGUUCACCCAUUGUCAAGAUCUAAUUUUUGCAGGUUGCCAUGGCGGGUUACAAGGAGGUGUUAACGUGGGUAUUGUGCUCUUGUGAGGAAAAUUUUUCAAUGUUAAAUCGGAAGGAUGAUGGAAAGACCUCUGUUAUCAUUGAGAAUCCCCGUUCAUCUGAAUUCGAGGUCUGUUUAAUCUUUCUUUUUGCUACGAACAUUGAUAACAUAUACUUAAACUUAGAUCUGCAUGCCUCUUCCCAGCUUUGACAGUGAUGCACGUCAAGUUUGGGAAUUAGGUCUCUAAUAGAGUGCUGCAAAUAGUCGUGGAACCUCAUUAAGCCAAUUUCUCAGUAAAUGGUAUUUUUUGUGCAAAGGUUGUUCUGUUUGACAAAAAGUUAUACUAGUCGAAUUUGAACUUCGAAACAUACGCAUUUAAACCGCAUGGUUUAUGCUAAGAGUUAACUAUGGUUAUAGGGUUGCAAUAUCCAGUGAAGUAUAACCCUGCGUGAUUCUUAAAAAUGGCAGACCGAGGGUUGUUGAUAAUCAUUUCGGGUUACAUCUUGUGAGGACCCUUUUUGUUUUAAAGUUGGUUGAAUGACUAUUAUAGAAACAUCUAUGAAUUUUUUGACUGUGGAUAGAGCUGUGUAUUCAUGCAAUGAGAAAAAUAGUGGACAGGAUGUACAUGUAUGAGCUCUGUGUUCUCUAGAAAACCUAGCCCUGUGGAUAGCUUCUAUAUGUACUUGAUCAAGACGGUAUGGGCCAAUAUCAUUAGCCCCAACUACCCAAAAAUGACGGAAGUGUUACUUGCUCGUUUACAAAAACCUCUCUUACUCUUUUACCUUAAGUCUUCUUAAUGUAUGUCACUAGUAGUUUUACAAGUAUGCUUGGGGACUCUCGGGGCACUACUGAUCCUGGGUUUACCUGUUGAAGCCUGUGUUUAUCCAUUACCAUAGUGAUGAUCAGCAAUAAAUUAGUCAAUCUUUGUUGAACUUCCAUAGGUCAGAUUAGACCUCUUAUGGAUGUUCCUCUCGCUGUGGAUGACUAGCGCGAAAAUACAUUUCAAAACAGAAGGAAGAACAGAAGACUAAAAACUGUGAUUGGCCCCGGCAGAAGAAAAGGGGAGGAGAGUGUAUGCACAAGGACAAUGAAAGAGAAAAGCAGGGAGAGGAAAAGAGAGCUUACUAUUUCCACUCAGUUACCUAGGAGUAAAACAUAGAGGGCAACGUUUUAAAAUGAUCAUUGUUAGAUAAAAUCGUUCUUUUAGUUUUUUGCUUCAUAUCAUUUGCGCAUGUUUUUUAACGUCUUUCAAAAUUAAUGUAUUGUAUAUUUUUAAUCUUAUUGAUUUGUGCCGCUUGACGUACUGAUUUGGCUAGUUAUCUUGAACUGGCCACUCAAACAUAAGUUAAGAACUAUGCAUUUGGAUUUUGAAUUUCCAUGCUUGUCUAUUUUGGUUGUGCAAAUUGUUCAAAGGGACGUCCCCCAAUCAAAGAAUAUACUCAGGGGGGCAUUAAUCAACAUUCUGUUAACAUUUUAUCUGUUUGUGGACCGGUCUGUUUCAGUAUAGGGUGCGGUAUUUGUCAGUCAAUCAAAUUUUUUUCUUUUUUUUUGCCAUUUAUCUGUUUUAAUUGUUAUCUUUUCGAGAAAGUUUUUUGUUUUGCUUGCUCAUCUAUGAGAUUUUUGUAGUGUUAUGUUUUAAUGCUGAGUUAUAAUUGUAUCUACUGCUUUGUUUUUUUCUUAUUUCUAACUAAAUAGAAUAUUAUGCUUUGGUAUUUGUUAUCACGUUGCAUUCUAGACUAAUAAGCGGUCCUACAAGCUUCAGUUUGUAGGAUAGAAGACAAUGAGUAUGUUUUUUGUUGCAUGUUUUUGAAUUCUUCUCAAACUGUUGCAUUGGUGAUCGAUAUUACAGACAAUUUCCAAAAUACUGCAUUUUUUUGUGCUCUUGUGUUUGGUUGUUUUUCUAUCUCACAAACUGCUGCAUUUUGAGGACGUGGCCUAUACCAGUGUGUUCCUAGGAACAGAGUAAUAGUUUAUACCAGGGAGAGCCUGGUGUGCUAGAAUCUGAAGAUUUAGUAAUAUUUAACUAAUUUUAAUGCAAGGAAUUUUCAGGCUGUUCGGACGACUCUCAUGCCAGGCUUACUCAAAAGUGUGAAACACAACAUGGACCAUCCAAGGCCAAUUAAGGUAUAUGCCUUGAUAUCUUUAUCCCUUCAUUCGAUGAGGCGCAAAUUAUGCAUCUGUGAUUCCCUUGAUUUCAUGUCUGAACAGCAUGUCAUCUAUUUUUAUAUGUUAAUCCAAAAGCUCAACUGGUUCAUAAUGUUUGAGAUAUUAAUCCAAAGUUUUUUUCUCGUCAUAUAGUACACAGCGAAUCAGAAUGCUGCGAUUUGGGAUAUGCCGUUUCGAUACACAAUAGUUUCAUGUCAGCUUGGUUCUUCAUUGUCAUGGCUACAGAUUUGGCUGCCAUUCAUAACUAUAUGCCAAAACUAGUACUUUCAUUGUCUCAAUUCUAGAUAAUUUGAGUUAAUUUUUGGUUUCCUAUUUUUUAGGAUCCUAAAAUUUAUCAGAAAUCCCUUACAUAUCUGGCAUUUCUGGCAUUUGAUCUCAUUAAUACUGUCAGAAAAUAGAAAAGCAGGCUAUCUGGGGAUUGGUUUAGAAAAGAACUCUUUCUUGAGGCAUCAUACUUUUGUACGGAUGUUGUGAAACUGUAAAUUUGUAAUGUUUCUCCUGGUGGUAAGUCUGCAAAUAUAGACAUAUUUAAUGUUAUUUUUUCCCACUGAGUAGACGCGUAAGUUUUGAAUUUGGUAUCUAUUGUAUAGUUUUCUCCGCUGCCUUUCCACAUCAUUAAUCAUCUUGUCAGUGUUAUCUAGUGAAAGUUCUUAUAAACAGGAGGAAUUCACUUCAAUAUAUAUAUAUAUAUAUAUAUAUAUAUAUAGAUAUCGCCUGCUGUUUGUUUUAAUCCCUUGUUUUUGGGUAAUUUUUGACAGAUAUUUGAAGUGGGGGAUGUAGUAUUUCUUGAUGAGGAGCAAGAUGUUGGUGCAUCGAAUAAUCGGAGGCUGGCUGCAUUGUACUGUAGUAACAACUCUGGAUACGAGGUAGAGUUAUCGGCAGUGACUUGCAACAACGCAACGAUGAUAUAUUUAUUUCUAAAUUUGGUUAUGUUUUCAUCAUGCGGCUAAUUAGAUUUGCAUUCCGGAGCGACUAGUUGUUAAAACCAUAGGAUAGUGUGUGAUGACACGAUGAUAGAAUAUUUUAUAUUAUUUGAUAAAUAUUAUUCGAAAAAUAUAAUUCUUUGAAGCUGCUUGCACCGAUGACUAAUUCUGUCUCUCUCCAUAGGAUAUCCAUGGCCUGGUUGAGAGAAUCAUGAAGAUAAUCGGCAUACCAGUUGACCUCACGGGGGAGAAGAAGAAGGACGACCACUAUUACCUACAGCCGUCGCAUGUAAGGCAUCUCUCUCUCUCUCUCUCUCUCUCUCUCCGUUCAUCUCCAGUUGUUUUAAUUUCUCGUCAUGGUGUGUUCUGAUAUAACAAGACCCUGCUGGCUGCUUCUUCCCCCUUGUUUUGAAGAAACCGGAGUUCCUAGAGGGGCGGCAGUGCGAUAUCAUAGUCAACGGGCGAGCGGUCGGCACAUUCGGCAUCGUUCAUCCUGAGGUAGUUUGACUUCCCAUAAGAAGAAAAAACAUAAAAAGAAGGGGGUCUUCAUAUUUUUCAUAUUCCUUUGUAUAGUAGAAAAACGCUGGAUAUCCUUGGAGAUUUACUUGUCAGCAACGUGGUAUUAUUGUGCUCAGGUGCUGGAGAAAUUUGGGGUCUACCCAAACCCCUGCUCCUUCGUUGAGAUGGACAUCCAGUGCUUGAUAUGA